AAGCAAAACCCAAGAGAAAAUCUGCCAUCACACUGCUCUGUUGAGAACAGCAGUAAUGUAGCACAACCACAUCUGGCACCAAAACUCUGAAGACCCGCCUUCUACCUAACAAAAGAGGAGACCCAGACAACCCCAGAAGCUCAGGAGCCUGCAACAGCAGCUGAUCUGACUGACAGUCUCUGGAACACACAAUUCAAGCGAAGACUGUGGCGCAUGAAAGGACGUUCCAUGUUUUCAGCCAUGUCUUCGUUCCCAGUCAUGUUUCUCAGUACUCUGCUGCUGUCUUCUAUUCUCACUGAGGGAAGGAACCACCACCAGGUCCUCUCCGGCUCCACGCUGUCUGUCACGCCGCAGCCCACAUCCUUCUCCUCCUCCUCCACCAAGGCCACCGUUGCCAUGGGAGUGCAGGUGGAGACCAUCUCUCCUGGAGAUGGACACACCCUCCUAAAGUGUAGCCAGACCAGCGUGGUGCACUACAUGGGAAUGCUUGAGGAUGGAAAGAAAUUUGAUUCUUCUCAGGACAGAAACAAGCCUUUUAAGUUUAUGCUAGGCAAGCAGGAGGUGAUCCGAGGCUGGGAAGAAGGGGUAGCCCAGAUGAGUGUGGGUCAGAGAGCCAAACUGACAAUCUCCCCAGAUUAUGCCUAUGGAGUCACUGGGCACCCAGGCGUCAUCCCACCACAUGCCACUCUGGUCUUUGAUGUGGAGCUUCUAAAACUGGAAUGACAGAAGUGGUCGCCUCCCUUUGCUUCUUGCACAUGGAUCUGCCAUGGAGGAUCUGGUAUGUCCAGACUGGUGCACAUGAAUCCAUGUGGGGCUUUUCCUAAUGUCCCACUACUCUUUGUAUAGACACCCUACUGAAUGUGUUCUGUAAUUCUGUCACUCAGCUUUGCUUGGAACACCUCCAUUUCCCCUUUCCGCUUUGUAUGUGUCUUGACCUAAACUAUGCCAUAAACCUCAAGUUACCUUGUUUUGGGGGUAAAGAUUAAGCUUCAGUCUUUCAGGUCUAGGUUUCCUGUGAAGUAUAUUGUCAAGUAUUAUUGACAGCACAAGUGAUGGGCUAACUUCAGGAUAGGAAUUGGUGUUGGGGGUGGGAUUUGCAGGAAUUUUUAUUUUCUUUCAUUUAAGUUUUUUGGAUGAAAAAAUGUCUAUUACAUAUUAAGAUAGUCUUGCGGCUGUGCUUCAAAGCCAUAGCAAAUCGGAGAUGCUGGUUUUUGUCCAGUGAGGGAGGUCCUAUUAAAUUGAAAGCCCUGCCCAAACUGAAGUGGGAAGGAAGAAGCAAGACUUUGCUUCUGACAGUCCUCCCACCUUCUGAAGCCAUCUGCCUUUUAAAGCAGGCCCCUUUACUGCUGUGUUGGACACUACAAAACCUGUCCCUGGGUCAGCAGGGACCCCUGAAGCCUUCUUCGUGACCUCGCUUAAUUUAUUUUUCAUCCUAUGGCUUUUAUAAUGAUUUUUCAGGACUUUUGCAAUCCUGUAACUAUCCAAGCUCCAGUUCCUAAAUUUUAAGAACUAUAAUGGAAACUUUAAAUUGAAGGUGUUGUUUGUAGACUCACCACCCAAUGGACACCCAGGCAUCAAUAUAAAUCCUCUAGUGUUCUCUAAUAAAAUGAUACUAUAUACAGCUUCAGCAUCCCCUGGGGUUUGAUGCUUGGCUGUCUCUGCUAAUCUCAGCUUCCUGGUUUCCCCUCCCCUCCUUCAGUUCCUUCUCAUCCUCUGCUGUCCUGUGUAGUGAUUUGGUGAGAGAAAGUACGCUUUUGUCCCCUGCCCUCUGUACCACACAUACGUUUCAAGAUUUAUUGUUGUAAUAAAAGUGCUUUAUGCUGUCUUUUCUCAAAAAAUCUUUCUUUGUUCAUGGAUGAAUGAAUAACUUGCCUUGCAAUACCAGGAAAUAUAUACAAUGACCCUAGGAUUCUUCACAUAUGCUUAAAAUAUUCUGUUACCUGUAGGCCCCCACACUGUUGUGGAAAAUCAUCUUUAGAUCUUGUUCAGACAAUUCACAGGCAUUGUUCUACACCUGCACUUGAUCCUCACACUCAUACAAGAUAAUGUGUCAGUUUGAACCAGAGCCAAUAGUUCAUCAGUUGCGUGCCUAUCAUUAACUUGCACAAAUUGAGAAAUAGUCACUUCACUAGAUCAAUUUACUGACAUCAAAUAGACUGGAAGUUUUUUUGUGUGUUAAUACCUGAAAACUGGAUGUUGAACACCAUUGGAGAAUGUGUUCCUAAUCUGUGAAAUAGUCCUGGCACAAUACAGUGGGACUCUGGCUCUUUCACUAAGUCAAGUUCUAUAUAACUCCCUACACCAAUGAGUCCGGAGCUCAUAAACACUUUCUAUCCACUGCAUCUUGCCCAAAUACAAAUGGAUAAGUCGUCUUCAUGUUUC